AUGCAAUUCAGUGGCGGAUCCACCACCAAAAACAACUAUUCCCAGAGGAGCCCUGGGUUAUCAAACCAACAUAAUCAUUCUCAAGGGUUCAAGCUGUUCGGGCUGCAACCAGGGCAGGGAGCCCCUAUGGAUAUCAGCAUGGUCCAAAGUGAACAAAUGCGCAGAUUCAAGGGGAACUGCUACAAUUGCAGCCAAGAGGGACACAUGUCCCAAGAUUGCAGAAACGGGGUGCAGACUGCUCACCAAAAAAAUAACCAAGGGUGCCAGGCGCGCCAAUUAGAAGCAGAGAAACCAGAUGAUUGGCUCACUACUCUGGCCGGUCAUUCGUAUGACGAAAUCCGAGCUUUCUUCUAUGACCAACAGGUCAACAAGAUGAAAGCCCAGGGAAAAGAAUUUGGAGCUUAG